CGAUGCGACGUGGAAGUGUCUUAAAAAUGAAUAUAAAGUUAAUAAUUUUUGUAAUUUGUGCACUAAUUGAAGCUAUUUACGGUGAUGAGUUGAGUUGUGCCGAUGAAAGGAAAUUGGGAAACACAUGUGGAAAGUAUUGUUAUCGUAUCGUCAAGCCACUUUUACAGCACUUGGCUAAGAUGUCAAUAAAAGAGCAGGAGUUUGAAAACCUAUUGAAAAAAGUUCAUGAACAGGAGAUAAUUAUUAAAAAUUUGCAAUUAGAGAAUGCUAGAUUUGAGAACCAAACUCCAUUGUUAUCAGCAUGCAAAUCUGAGUUGGCUGCUAAGGAUGCGCUUAUCGAAUACAGGAAAGCUGAUAUUAAGAGUCUGGAAAGUGAUAUCCAGGACUGUAAGUUUCAUGCCAGAGCAAAUAUCUUCAGACUGGAAGAGCAGUUGAAGACGAAAGAUAAUUCCAUUGACCCGAAGGUCUCGAGUUGUUCGACAAGUUCAAGCGACAUAGAAGAGGCCAAAGUUUAUAAUAUCAAGAGCUUUGCAGUGUCUUGUGAUUCGAGGCUAGCCGGUUCGGGUUGGACGGUUAUUCAGAGACGUCAGGAUGGCAGCGUUGACUUCAAUCGCAAGUGGAACGAAUAUCGUCUAGGAUUUGGCCAAAUCCAAGGCGAGUUCUUUAUGGGACUCGAGAAACUACAUUUGCUCACCAGUUCCCAGCCGCACGAGCUCUACAUAUAUCUGCGAAAUAUUGCUAACGAAACACGCUUCGCUCGCUACGAUUACUUUCUUAUCGCCGACGAGACGGAAUCGUUCAGACUGCAGUCAUUGGGCAAUUAUACUGGAAAUGCAGGUCAUUCACUCUUUAGCCAUGUUGGUUCAAAGUUCUCUACAAUGGAUCGCGAUAAUGAUAGCUCCGAUUUCAAUUGCGCAACUGAGUGGUUGUCUGGUUGGUGGUACAAAAGCUGCUAUGACUGUAAUCUCAAUGGUGUAUACAAAGAUGUCUCUAACAACGAUGGAAUUAAAUGGUUAACCUGGAACACUACGUCAUCAAUAUCAUUUGUGCAAAUGAUGAUUAGACCGAAAAGUCUCUAAGACUUCAAAAAAUGAAAGUAUAUUUUAAAUAAUCAGAUUCAAUUAUAUAUUUAAUUUAAAUUGUAUACAGUUCAAUGGAGAAAUAAAAAAAAUCUGUAUCUAAAUCUGAUUUCUGCU